GUCAUGUGCGCAUACAUACAUUAAAGGUAGUGCGCAUGAUCGCGACAAGCAAUUUCCGGUAAAACUGUAGGUCAAGUAUUAGGUUAAUACCAAGUCUUCAAAAUGUUCUCCAGGUUAGCAAGGCCUGCCUCGAGUAUUAUUAAUCGAAACUUUUCUACAACUAUUUCUAACAAUGCAAAUGUUGCAGUACUGGGUGCCAGUGGUGGUAUUGGACAGCCACUCUCCCUUCUUCUCAAAAUGUCACCCUUUGUAACCAGACUGACAUUAUACGACAUUGCACACACGCCCGGAGUUGCUGCUGAUCUUAGUCACAUAUCAUCACCAGCUCAAGUGAAAGGCUUCAUGGGCCCUAAUCAACUUGCUGAUUGUUUAAAGGGAGCUGAAGUGGUACUUAUUCCUGCUGGGGUCCCUCGCAAACCUGGUAUGACCAGAGAUGACUUGUUCAACACAAAUGCGUCAAUUGUGCGUGACCUUGUUUCUGUUUGUGCUGAUGUCUGUCCAAAGGCCAUGAUUUGCAUAAUCACUAAUCCAGUUAACUCUACUGUGCCCAUUGCAGCAGAAGUUCUCAAAAAGAAAAAGGUUUAUGAUCCCCGUAGAUUGUUUGGAGUUACCACACUUGAUGUUGUCAGAGCAAGUACAUUCAUUGCUGAAGCCAAGGGACUAAGUGUGAAGUCAGUGAACAUGCCCAUCAUUGGAGGACACAGCGGUGUCACCAUCAUCCCACUUAUAUCCCAGUGCACACCACCUGUCUCCUUCCCACAGGAUGUUCGUGAGAAGCUGACAGUGAGAAUACAGAAUGCUGGAACAGAGGUUGUCGAAGCUAAAGCUGGCUCUGGCUCAGCCACCCUGUCGAUGGCCUUUGCAGCGGCAAAAUUUGCUGAGAGCCUGGUGGAAGCCAUUGGAGGUGCCACGGGUAAGGUGGAGUGUGCUUUCGUAGAGUCCAAGGAGACAGAGGCAAAAUACUUCGCCACUCCUAUUCUUUUAGGGAGACAUGGCGUAGAAACCAACUUGGGUAUGGGCAAACUUAUCGAAUAUGAAAGAAAGCUGGUUGAUGCUGCCAUGCCUGAGCUCCUUGCAAACAUUAAGAAGGGGGAAGAAUUUGUUAAGAAGCCCUAAAUUAAACAUUGUGAUAUAAGCUUACAGAUGGGUAGAAAGAACAGUUAUUAGCGUACCAAUUGGUUGACAAAAACCUAUGUUUGUGUUUGUUUAAAUAAAGUCAUUCAUACAAGUGCUAUUUGAAAAUAACUUAAGCCGGCAAAAUCAAUUCGUUUUGUUGAUGACAUUGAACAAAUUGUGAGGAAUAGUUUUAAGUAUUACAUUAUUGUCCUUUAUUAUUUAUGUUUCUAGAUCUUGCAUUAUGAAAACUAAUGAUAGCUUUCAAUACGAAGUAUUGCUACAUUUGUGCGUACAUAAAAUGCACUGUUAUGCUGUAGAUUGCACCAUGUAAUAUUUUGAAGUCUGUUUGAGAACUGAAAUUUGAAAAUAAUUGGAAGUCACUUCAUCUGUAGAUAAAUGUUCUAUAAAGAAUUGCAAAAAUGUGUUCUAUGUGUUUGAAUUUUGCAGAAACCUUUUCCAAUCAUACUUUGUACUUUAGCAAUAGUUUAAAUGAAAUAUUUUGUUCAAGCAUGUUUAUGGUAAAAAUAAAUCUUUUAAAGAGUUUAA